UCUGUGGUUGUUAUUCUACAGAGUGAAGGUCAUCCUUAAUAUAACACGGAAUUAAAGUUCAAGCAGCUUAUCUACAGGGUGUUAAGUUAGUGUUGUUAUUACUACUGCAGCCACGUGAUAUAUACAUAAUUAAGGAGUUAACCUAACUUUACAUACUCAAAAUUGGGUCUCCAAUCCUAUUGCAUGUAUUUUGUAUCAGUUCUCUACAUAUAUGCAAUCUCAGCAAUCAGCUCUCUGAAUCAGCAUAGCGCAGCGAUUAACACUUUUGCAUCAAUCAAAUUAAGCCUUCCUUCAUAGUUAAGAAACAUUGAGCUAUUAUUUUGAGCAAAUUAUUUCGAAAUGGUGAAAUACUCUGCCCCUACCGUCGUAAAGACGGCUGCAUAUCAAGACCAAAAGCCAGGGACUUCGGGAUUACGAAAACCCACGAAAAUUUUCUUGGUAGUUUUUUUUACUCAAAUUAAGAAGUUUAAGAAAAUUAAGGAGAAGGAAAAUUACACUGCCAACUUUGUGCAGUCCAUCAUUUCUGCAUUGCCAUUGGAGAGGAAGGGGAAGGUGUUGAUUGUGGGUGGGGAUGGGCGAUUUUAUGGCCCCGAAGCUGUGGACCUCAUCGUGCGAAUCGCCAUCGCCAAUGGGGUGACAAAUUUGACCAUUGGGCAGCACUCAAUCUUAUCCACUCCAGCCGUGUCAAACCUUAUUCGUCGAAGGGCCCCCAAUUGUCUUGGAGGUAUAAUUCUUACUGCGAGCCAUAAUCCUGGUGGUCCUGAUGGGGAUUUUGGCAUCAAAUUUAACAUCCCGAACGGAGGCCCUGCUCCAGACGCUGUUACCAAUAAUAUUUACGAGAUUAGCAAGCAACUUGGCGAGUACAAAAUUUGUCAAGAUGUCCCCACGAUAGACCUCGCGAAUGUGGGAGUCACCGAAUUCGAGGUGGACACCAUUGGCCCAGUUCGUGUCGAUGUUAUUGACUCUGUUGAAGAUUACGUUCAACUAAUGAAGGAGAUUUUUGAUUUUAAUUUGCUCAGAGAUUUUCUCUCAUCGUUUCCAGUCGUCAUCAAUGCAAUGCAUGGUGUGACUGGACCCUAUGUUAAAAGGAUUUUUCAACAAGAACUGGCCCAAACUACUCCCAAUCCAAAUUCUCUAUACCUCAACACUGUGCCACUCCCCGAUUUUGGAGGUCAUCAUCCAGACCCUAACCAAACAUAUGCAGCCGACUUGGUCAAAAUCCUUAAAGACAAUCCAACCAAGUAUGGAUUUGGUGCUGCCUACGACGGGGACGGUGAUCGAAAUAUGCUUCUGGGUGCUGGAGGAUUUUUUGUUACGCCGAGUGAUUCCCUGGCUGUGCUGGCAGCCAACUUGAAUGCUAUCCCAUACUUUAACAAACCCAAUGGGAUCAAAGGUUUGGCUAGAUCUAUGCCGACAAGUGGAGCGGUGGACCGGGUGGGAAAAAAGCUUGGAUUCACCGUGUACGAAGUUCCAACCGGAUGGAAAUAUUUUGGAAAUCUAAUGGAUGCUGGACAACUGUCGCUCUGUGGUGAAGAAAGUUUUGGAACUGGGUCUGACCAUAUUCGUGAAAAGGACGGGAUUUGGGCAUCUCUUGCAUUUUUAACAGUUCUGGCUUCAAAGAAAACGUCAGUUAAGGAUCUUUUAGAAAAUCAUUGGAAGGAAUUUGGUCGCAACUACUUUCUCCGGUUGGAUUAUGAAAAUGUGGAUGGGACAAAGGCAAACCAGAUGAUUGGGGAGUUGGAGAAGAAAAUUAUGUCAACGCCAAAGGAGCAAUUGACUAAAGAAAUUAUUGAUGCCGUCAAAACGUCAUCAAUCAAAGAUCCAAGUUUGGAGAAAUAUAAAGUGGACGCAACCGACAAUUUCGAGUUUACAGAUCUAAUUGAUGGGUCAGUUGCAAAAGGUCAAGGUUUAAGAAUAAUGUUUGCAAAUGGCUUUGGAAGGAUGGUGUGGCGAUUGAGUGGAACAGGUUCAAGCGGUGCUACAAUUCGAGUCUACUUGGAAAAAUGUGAUGAUGAACAUGUUACUGGAGACGCUUUGGUUGUGCUGGAUGAUUUGGUGAAAGCUAGUUUAGCCAUUAGUCGAUUACAAGCUGUCGUCGGGGUAGAUACGCCUACGGUCAUUACAUAGCCAAAUAAGAAUAUAUAUUUACAUAUAUGCAUGGGUCUAACUAACAGUGCUAAAAUUAUAGUCGAAAACGGUUUGUAUAUGUAAUAAACUCGAUCACUUAUUGAGAUUA